AUGCAGGGGCGAGUAGGGGAUGGACCUGCAGGAGCCGGCGCUUGUUUCGUCGGGGGAUUUCUUUCCGUAGCGGCGCCGACGUCCCGUCACUCGUUCCGUUACUCAGGCCCGCGACCCCCUCCUUCUGGGCAGACGCAGCCGGAGAGUGGCAGUGGGGAGGAGGAUGAGGAGGAGGAGGGUGAGGGCGAGGAGGAUGAGGACGAUGAGGGGAGCGGGGAUGACAGUGAGGCCGGGUGGGAUCCCGAGACGCAUGGCGGUGGGAAAGGGGGGGAUGAUGAGGAGGACCAUGAGAUGGAUGGGUUGGAGCCAGAGGAGGUGGAGGAGGGGGUGGGAGAGGGUGGUGGAGGGGCGGCGACAGAGGCGGCCUCACAGCAUGUGGCUGAAGGAGGAGGGAGCGUGGGGGUUAAGGUGGGGAUAAAGCGGGCAUCCAUUAGGAUGCCGAAGCGGAGGAAGAGGGCGAGCAAGUUGAGGGAGCGAGCAUAUCCCUGCACAUUCACUGGGAAGCCCUUGGGCGAGGGUGUGGUCGCUCCGGAGUUCCUAGACGAGGACGGAGGGUCCGAGAGUAGUAAGGGGACUGGCAAGGGUAAUAAGAAACCGGGGUGGCAAGUACAGAUGUUCGGGCCUAAAGGGGCAGACGAGAAGCGUCAGUGCAAGAUUUGCACUGACAGGAUUUCGUGGAAGCAAUCCACAACAACACCCGGCGAGCGGCACUUCGAGAGCUACCACACAGCGCACAUGCACGUGUGGCAUCACCGUUACCACACUCCGUCCGUUCACUUGCCUGGGGAGACGUUUCCUCGUGGGGGCUACAAGGGUGUGCCAGAUGGCUACGUCGAUGGGUGGCCGCAUGCCAAGUCUUGGCCGCAUCUCACCAAGAAGAAAGGGACGGCGUCUGGUGGAGCUCGGGGGUCAGGCGGGAUGGAGCGGUUCAUGACAACCAAGCUGUCCACGGAGGAGCUACGGCAGGCGAUCGCCAAGCUGGUGGUCACCUGCGACCUCCCCUUCCGCAUCGUCGAGUCCGAGGCCAAGAACUUCAUCCCCUCGCGGUGGACGGUAUCCCGCGACACUGUGGUCUAUGCAACAGCAGCUCUUCAGUCCGCCAUUGCGGAGAUGCUGGCGAAGGAGGGGGGGUUGGGGUGCAAGGUGUCGAUCACCAUCGACAUGUGGACGGCACCCAACAACAAGGCAUGGCUAGUGGUGACUGGUCACUGGAUAGACGAGAACUUCCAGCUGCGCACAAUGGUGCUUGAGUUCCGUGAGAUGCUUGGGCGGCAUGGGGGCAGGGAGAUGGCGCAGGUGGUUGAGGAGACGAUUGUGCAGUGGGGGUUGGAGGGGCGUUGUCUUGGUUUCACGACAGACAACGCCUCUAGCAACAUUGCUGCCUUCAGGCGGAUGUCGGAGGAGGGUGGUGGUCAGUGCUUCUUCAACUCGCGCAUGCACUUCCGGUGCUUGGCACACGUGAUAAACCUUGCAGUGCAGGCAGCACUGGCUGUGGAUUCCAUACGGAAGUUGCUGAAGAUACUGAGAGAGAUGGCGUCGUGGAUUGGCUUCUCUCCACAGCGCUCGGGGUCUUUCUUGGGCCUACAGCGGACCUUGAACUCGCAGGCCAACCCCGCCACGCCGAAGCCGGCGUUGAAGCUGGUGCAGGACAGUCCUACGCGCUGGGGGUCGACCCACGACAUGGUCGAGCGUGCGGGUGUUCUGCAGAACCCCAUCACUGUCUUCUUCGCCCAGACACAGGGCUUGUCGAAGACCGACAAGAAGAAGGUGGAGAGUUUGCGCCUGACAGACGCAGACUGGGAGACCCUGCAGGCGGUGAAGACAUUCCUAAGCCCCUUCGCCAAGGUCUCCAAGGCAGCAGAGGGGGCGGCGUACCCGACUCCGAUGAUCGUGGCGGCGCUGAGCCACAUGAAGAAGUACGCGUACAUCACCAGCAACGAGUACUGGAUCGCCACCUUCUUGGACCCUUCCAUGAAGGCGGCGUGGUUCGACGAUGCGCACUGGGAGAAGCUGCAUCCCGAGACCGACAGGAGGGUGAGGCCGCGUCCGGCGUCUGGCGAGGUGAUCAAGCUGGUGCGCGACCGCAUGGCCGAGUACCAGGCCCGGGCUGCAGAGCUUGCUCCACGGCCGACCCCACUUGCCCCCGUUGCGGAGGAGGAGGAGGGAGACGAGGAGGAGGACGACGAUGACGCGCAGUUUCUCCCUAGUCGCCGACGACUUGCGGCGCGUCUGUCGGCGAGCCAGGAUGCGGGGGCGGGUGGGAUGGUGCAGGACGACGAGGUUAGCAGGUACUUGUCCGAGAGGGUGCGGUGCGACGUGACAGCGCUAGAGUACUGGCGCAGUGCCACCAACAUGCAGACGCUGAGGCGCAUGGCCCGGGAUUAUCUCGCCAUCCCUGCCACGUCCGCUUCGAGUGAGCGGGUGUUCUCCCUUGGUCGCAACCUCAUUUCCUGGAAGCGGCACCGCCUGGCCUCUCAGAGGACGCGAGCUGUCAUGAUUCUCAGAUCAUGGUACAGUUCACACCCUGGCCAGAGGAUAGGCGAGGGCCGCCGACCGAGAGGCGUCGCACCACCAGAGUUCGCCAUUGAGGGCGAGGGGGCAGAGGAGGAUGACGAGGAGGAGGAGGAGGAGGGUGUGGAGGCUGACGACACAGCUGGUGGAGAGGAUGCUGUUGUUGGUAGUAGCAGUGCAGUGGCGCCUUAG